AUGGCUGACAAGCUUUCGAACAAGUCAAUUUGCCAUAAUGCCAGGAUGUAUGAGAUAAAGGAAAGUAUGUUUGCACUGAAGAGUUCUCUUGGCCAAAAAGAUGGUGAGCUCAAGUCUCUUGUUGCUACCCUCCUCGAACGCAAGGAAGCUUAUUAUCACCUCAAACAAAAGAUACUUGGACUGCAGGAACGGUGCCUUUCCAUGUUACCCCCCAUCAAAGAUGAAUAUGAUGAGCUGCUCUACAUGGACGUGCUCCCUGCUCAAAGUGAGCAUAUCAACACCAUAGAUGUAGGAGUAGUUGAAGAGCACAUGGUGGAUGAAGCUGCAGUGGAGGAAGAUGGCACCAAGGAUGGCGCAGUUGAUGAGGUUGGGGCAGAUACGGAGGAGUUGGUAGCUAGGGUUGCCGAGCAGAUUGUGGUGAUUGAGUAG